AUGAAGUGCUCCGAGCCAGAUCUGACAUGGUGGACAUUAUCGAAGCAAUGUAUGCCAGCACGAAGAGAUGGGCUAUGUCGCGAAUGCGAGGAAACAAUGGUGAUCGAUUAUGACAAUAUAUUCACCGCCCAAUGGGAUGGGCGGGAAUAUACUUUAGAGAGAUCAGCAACCGCCGGGGCCUUUGCCAUUCGGAAGAAAGAGUUCGAAGAGAAGCGGCCCAUCGCAACAGCGGCAGAUUUGGGAGGAGGAGCGCCGGACUUGGUAACAGCGGCGGACUUCGCGACAGCGGCGGCCUUGGAGUCUACAGGUAAAAAUUUUGGUGCUAUUUACGAGCUAAAUCGAUUAAAGAAGUCGAUACGAUUAUCGAAUAUUGUAUGCGCCUAUACUGAGAUUUAUCUAGUGAUGGAUGCUCGAAACGAUGCUUACUGCAAAACUGCGUACAUGCUGCAGUUCUCCUGA